AUGAGAAAGUUUGUGUGGGGAAUAAAGGUUGCGAUGUCCAGAAUGUGUUUUUUUGAAGGGAUGUUACUUGAGAAGGGACUUGGUGAAGGUCAACCUUGGUUUGGGAAUUCUACAUGGGGACAUCCUGAUUUCGUUCCCAGAUCGGCACACCGCAAGAGCUUACUCGAUAUCAUGACCAGUUUCAUCCCGAAUGAAAAUGUCAAAUUCAACAAACGACUCACAGGAAUACAACAACACUCUGACAAAGUGGUCCUAAAUUUUGAAGAUGGAAGUGUGGACGAGGCUAGUGUUCUUGCUGGGACUGAUGGAAUCAAGAGCAUCGUUCGGGAACAUGUCUUGAAAGAACAGUACCCUAGCCAAGUCGCCCCUGUCUACGCGGACUCAUAUUGCUAUCGUGCUGUCAUCAGCAUGGCAGAGGCGUAUGAGAUUAUGGGAGAUCUUAUAGAUGUUGCUAAAUUUUACUUUGGACAUGAUCGUUGCGCGAUCACGUACCGUAUUUCAGGUGGCGAGGAAUUGAAUCUACUACUCUGCGUCGCCGACCCUCAUCCCUGGAAGAUCCAUUCCGCCGUGACCGAAAAAACCACCCACGAAACCAUGAUGUCCGACUUCGAGGACAGCACCAUAGACUCCCGCUUCCGAAGAUUACUCUCAAAAACCGAACCUAUCAAAUGGGGUUUCUUCCACCACCUCCACACCUCAACUUAUUUCCUCGGCCGUGUCGCUCUUCUGGGAGAUAGUGCUCAUGCUUCUCUCCCCUAUCAAGCAGCUGGAGCCGCGCAGGCUUUGGAGGACGCUUUGAUUUUAUCGCAUGUUUUUGCGGAGCUGAAUAAUAGUUUUGCGGGAGAUGAUGAUUCGAGGAGUAAGUCGCAUGUAGAGGCUGGACUUGAGGUUUAUGAUUCUGUACGACGGCCUAGAGCUCAGAGGCAAGUGGAGCAGGCUGCUGAGGUUGGGAGAAUGUUGUUUUUGAGACAUGAGGAGGCUGGUGGGGAUAUGAGUGAGAUUUUGGCGAGAUUACAGAAUGGGCGUUUUGAUUGGAUUUGGUUUCAUGAUCUUGAGAAGGAUGUGGAGAGGGUUGUUUCUGGGAUGAAGGUCAAGGAUGCUGCCGAUUCUCAGUCUUGA